UGAGAGCUUUAUGCACCCAGCAUGCCAAACAACCUAAGCCAUUAGGUGCGUGUAGGUGGGGGUGUGGGCGCGCCAAGCUGGGCUAUAAAUAUGUGUGUGCACUGUGAUCUAGAGCUAUCUAGGGCUCUUCUUCUUGUACUCAUCAAACCAAGAUGCAGAGCUAGCCAUUACUCCUUUUAAUCUUUCGACCAUUCAGAGUCAAGCAAGAAGAGUUCUAGCCGUCUAGGAGGGAAGAGGAGAGGAGAAGAAACGGUAGCUUUUGCUAGAUAGCUGGAGGAGUAGAGUAGUGGAGGUUGAUGAUGAAGAGGCUGGUGAUCCUGAGGCGGUGCCACCCGCCGCCGCCGUCCGUGCUUUUCGGAGGGUGCUGCCGCGGAGUGCGGUACGGGGAGUGCCGGCGCAACCACGCGGCGAGCAUGGGCGGGCACGCGGUGGACGGGUGCCGCGAGUUCCUGGCCGAGGGCGAGGAGGGCACCAGCGGCGCGCUCCGCUGCGCCGCGUGCGGCUGCCACCGCAGCUUCCACCGCCGCGUGGUGCAGCGCUGCUGCUGCUGCUACUGUGACGCCGACGCCGACGCCCGCGCGGCCGCCGCAGCGCCCGGCCGGUGGGACGACUGCUCGCCGGAGUCCACGGCGUCCAGCACCACGGCCAGCUAGAAUCAAAGAUCAGCCUCGAUCCAGCAGCCCUGCCUCAGCUCCCAGGUGUCAUGGCCAUUCACGGAAGUCGAUAUCGGUCUUGCGUGCAAAUGCUUACUUCCUAUCGCCUUCUUCUCUGACUAGCUAGCUCUGCUCUUGUGCUUAGAUUAUCAUCGCCUGUCUCUCGCAAUAUUUGUAACGUACCCAUUCAUCA